ACUAGUCAGUGUGAGACUCUCAGCACGCACCGCGCGCUUUUCUAUCUGGAAACUUUCAACAAAAGGAUUCGUUAUAAACUCCAUUACCUUCAUGUCGGCACUGCUGAAUAUUUCCUCACCGAUGCUAUGGUUACCUUUAUUACGAUCUUACAGGUGAAUCUAGUGAUGUCCAUCUUGCUGUACGUGAUGUUCCUCGCGUACCUCUAUGGUAUCUCCGCCUCUACGAUGGACAAGCAGCGGCCCACGCAGGAUCCCAUCAACGCGCUCAUCAUAAAGCUCCUGCAGGCCGAUAUCAGCCAUCAGAAGCAGGACGAUGUCGUUCCCUCCUCCACCUUAAAUGUGUCCACAGUGACCGACUACAAGGAGAAAGACAACAAUAUGCCCAUGACGGAUAUUUCAGCGGAGUUAUUGCGUCAGCACAAGCGCUACAACUCUCCACGUGUCCUUUUAAGCGACCGACCUCCAAUGCAGCCGCCGGCUUUCUACCUCAUGGAUAAAUUCAUCAGCGGUCAGGACUCCAACAAGACGCGGCAGAAACGCUUCGCCGAGCACAAGAGUUACAGAGGAGAGUUUUCGGUGUGCGACAGUGAGAGCAAUUGGGUUAUAAACAGGACCUCGGCGGUGGACGUUCACGGAAAUCAUGUCACCAUUUUGGAGUUCGUCAAUAAACAACUCCAAUACAGGCAGUACUUUUACGAGACCAAGUGUAAAACUCCUAAACCCCACAGCAAGAGGCGCUGUUUGGGUAUUGAUGAGAAGCACUGGAAUUCGCAGUGCAAAACCACGCAAUCUUACGUUCGAGCGCUUACUCUGUACAAUUCGAAGGUGACUUGGAAUUGGAUACGAUUAGACACGGCAUGCGUCUGCGCGCUCUCAAGGAAACAUAGAAGGACGUGAAAAAUGGUGGAAAAAUCACUUUCAAUUCUCCAUUGUCUUUCUAGUGUUCCCUGGGGGCUGUACAUAUAUAAAUUAUUAUUUAAGUUAUAUGGAAUGCAUAUAGUUUAUACAUGUCUAUGUAUAAUGUAUAAAGAUACUUGUUAUUUAUUUAAAAGUUAUAAAAAAAGAAAGACCGACUUAUGAGAACAUGCAUUGCCGCUAAGCUAACAGGAGCAUUGCAUGCUGAAUUGUGCCUUGCUCACGUAUCAGAGUCAGAGGACACUCCACUCGACCUGGACCUUGGGAACAGUUGCAAUGGAAAAACACACAGAUCGCUCAAUAUCAUGUUAACUUCAGUAUUGUUCACGAAAACCAGUUUUUCUACUGAAACGGGCUGCCAGUAUAUCCUCUUCGUGUCUGGGAAAACAAAUCACAGUCGGGAUGUUGUAUGAAAAAUAUGUAAGCAUACAUUAUGUGUAUUGAAACUGCAUGAAAUACCUAAGAAAUAUAUCUAUAUUUUUCUAAACAAACUCGUAUUGUAGGUCAUGAAAACAUGAUGGUAGUUAUUUAAGGCUUGUGAGACUGAUGGACAUCAAUCAAAACUUGUCACUAUCCUGUCAGGACCGAAAAGUAAUCCCAAAACUACUUUAUUUACUAUUCCACGAAUUAGUAUUUUAAUUCAAGAUGGCCUUCUGAAAGUAUUUAGGCUAUCAUUUUUUUAUGUAUUCGGGACAAAAACAGCUGAGUAUUUAUUUGUUUGAUCCACUGAUAAAACUACUGCUCAUUAUGGUGCAUCUUAGUAGCCCUUAAAGCUCCUUCCAUUAGCAACACCCUUCAAACAAGCCCCACCCACAUAUAUAUCAGAAACCAACAUGAAUCCCAGAAAUAAGCUCACAAUCCUUCCUGAACCAGUGUUG